CUCUGUUCGUAGCUGAUCUGUUGACUUGAAAUUGCUACGCAUUUGCAUCUGAUGAUCUCCAACAGACCAGACGAGACAAGUGCAGCGUUUUAAUUGUUUACAAGCCCUCUGCCGCAGCCGUCACAGAGAUUGCAUCUGACGGCGGUCAUCCAUACCGCAUUCAGAGUCUUGGCAGCACACAGAAUGAUUCGGAAUCUUCCCUCGGUUCGCGCCGUCCAACGGCACAUGCAAAACAAGGAAAACAAUGUUGACAAGGAGAAUGCUGUUGGCGCGACCAAGACACCUGGAGCAAAGGGCCUGUCGUUUAAAACACCUGGUCGGGCUGGGCUAACGAGUAAGAAAACCGUACUGUUGAAUGUGGACAAGGAAAAUGCGACGCCAGCAAAGGUGGGGAAAGGGUCCAGUGGGUUUGCAAAGACGCCUGGCGGGCGAGUGGGAAUUCAGCCGACCGCCUUGCAAGGCAAAUCGGUCAACGUCAAAGAAACCAACGCCACUGUAGAAUCACGAAGCGCUCUAAAGAAUAUCCCCAAGAACAAACAUGUGCAGCUCAUGGUCCCAGUCAAGACUCCCGCCCCCGUCAAGCGCUUACUGCAAGAAAAGGUCAACACACCGCGCAAUACGGCGCCGACAUCCCACGAGAAGCCUCUUAAAGCUGCAAAAUUCGAAACUCCGUACAAGGCCUUUGAUUCACAGAGAGCAUUAGAACGAUCCACGAUGAGCCGAUCUGGUGAACAGGUCCGAUCUCUGAAAUCAUCGGCAAAAAAGAGCUCGACCAAAGUGAAGAAACAUUUUGGGGAUGAGAACCGAGUGGAGAGUACAGCUGAUGUUGCUUCAGGGACUGCGGUAGAAGCAUUAGAGGAUGUUGAGAUUGAGUAUAUGCCUCCAUCUACAUUCGAGGAGAAAUACAGGCCAGACCCAGAGCUGAUUGUCGACCACCACUUUUUGGCUAAACCCCGCUUGGAUCCCUACGUGGAUCCAGCCAUCUGGGAUGCCCUCUACGAUGAUAACUUGCCGGAAUUGUCCCCUCCAGAUUUGAGCAUGAAAUUACCAUUUCAAGAUGAAUUCUUUUUGCAGCAGGCAGAGGACAUUUCUGCACUCGAGUUUGACGAUGACUUUAUGGCCCUUCCAUUCCCUGAAGUGACUUUGGAAGUCUAAAAUAUCAAGGGAGAUGGGAGGGUGGAUUUUAUUCAUGUUUUUGUUGGUCUUAAAUUGUUAUUGCAUCAUUAUUGGAUUACUGUACAUUUACUGUAGAAUAUACCGCCUAGCGAAUGGGAUGGCGCAAACAGUCAGUAUCAUUACGCUACGUUAUUGAAAAUGUUUACCACAAUUGCCGAUAACAAUAUGCAGUUCCAUGUCAGAAAGGGAGGGCAGGGCAAUACAAGAUUUCAC